CACAGGCACGUACAGACACGCAUACACACAUAUACAUGUACAUACACAGAAAUACACACCCACAGACACAUGUACAUACAUACACAGACACAUGUACACACAGACACAUGUACGUACAUACACACACAAAAAACACACACACACAUGUACAUACACGCAGACACAUGUACAUAUACACACAUGUACAUACACGCAGACACAUGUACAUGCAUACACACACACCUAAACACACACACAGCUAUAAAAAGUUGCAGUACUUUGUUGUUCACUCACAGAGCCAGGUAAUGCACUCUAGGGGGAGGCAGAGAGCACAGCACACACUCCUUCCUUUGCUUUCACUACGCUCAGCUAUUGAG